CAAAGGAAGAAACAAAUACAAAACCCUAGCCGUGCCCUCGACACCUCAAUCACAGCCGUCGAUCUGAGAGGGUUAGGGUUUAUAUAUAUAAAGACCUCACUCCUUAUUCUUGAGCCGCUCUCUCUCCUUCUCUUUCUUUCUGUGUCUCUCUACCUCUCUCGUGCUGCUUCAGCUAUGGCCUUCGUCAAAGCACAAAAAUCCAAGGCCUACUUUAAGCGGUUUCAGGUCAAGUUUAAGAGAAGGAGAGAGGGCAAGACUGAUUACCGUGCUAGGAUUAGGUUGAUUAAUCAGGACAAGAACAAGUACAACACCCCGAAGUACCGUUUUGUCGUCAGAUUUACCAACAAAGACAUCAUUGCCCAGGUUGUGUCUGCCAGCAUUGCUGGUGACCAUGUUUUGGCUGCCGCAUAUUCCCAUGAGCUCCCUCAUUAUGGGCUUGAUGUAGGUCUUACAAACUACGCUGCAGCUUACUGUACUGGACUUCUUUUGGCUCGCCGGGUCCUGAAAAUGCUUGAGAUGGAUGAUGAGUAUGAAGGAAAUGUUGAGGCUACUGGAGAGGAUUACUCUGUAGAACCUGCAGAGACCAGGAGGCCAUUCCGUGCUCUUCUAGAUGUUGGUCUUAUCAGGACAACCACUGGAAACCGUGUUUUUGGUGCCCUUAAGGGUGCUUUGGAUGGUGGUUUGGAUAUCCCUCACAGUGACAAGAGAUUUGCUGGCUUUUCAAAAGACAGCAAGCAGCUUGAUGCCGAGGUUCACCGCAAGUAUAUCUAUGGUGGCCACAUCGCAGAUUACAUGAGGACUCUAAUGGAAGAUGAGCCUGAGAAAUACCAGUCUCACUUCUCACUAUACAUCAAGAAAGGUAUUGAGGCUGAUAAUAUCGAGGAGCUGUGCAAGAAAGUGCAUGCCGCUAUCCGUGCUGAUCCUAUAAUUAAGAAGGUUGAAAAGCAGCCUCCUAAGGAGCACAAGAGAUACAAUCUUAAAAAGCUUACUUAUGAGGAGAGGAAGGCCAAGCUUGUUGCGAGAUUGAAUGCCUUCAACUCAGCUGCAGAUGCUGAUGAGGACGAUGAUGACGAGUGAAUGUCUUGAGUUUCUUAAUUUUGUUUAUGCCUUUUUCUGUUAGGACCAUUGCUUGCAUUGUGCAAGCUAAGAUUAAGUUUUUGAGGUUUUGGAUAAUUUUUGUUGUUUGGAGAUGCCAGCUAGAAAUGCAAAAUCUAAAGUUGAGACUUUA